CUGAACUAGGUUGAAAGAACGCAACCUGCUAGCCUCAAGGUUUUUGGUCACAUGAGUAUUCAUGUUGUUAGGUGAAAAGUGAGUGAGUUAAAAUGAGAACAACAAUAGCAUAUCUUUACAUUGGAUUUUUCAGUCUCUUGGUGACAGGAAUAAUUCUGUUUUAUCUGCUAACUGGAAGAGGUGAAGCUCUGAGUAUAGCAUGGUUCCUGGAAGAAACCAGUCCAUACUUGUGGGCUAGUACAGGCAUUGGACUCUGUGUGGGAUUAUCAGUGGUUGGAGCUGCUGUAGGCAUCUACACCACGGGUGCGAGCAUCGUUGGAGGAGGUGUAAAGGCACCACGUAUUAAAACCAAGAAUUUAAUUUCUGUUAUUUUCUGUGAAGCUGUGGCAAUUUAUGGAUUAAUAACGGCAAUUGUUCUCUCUGGAACAACAGCUCUUGAGGUAACUGAAGUAACAGAUAUGGUACAAAAUGCCCGGAAAAUGAUGGCAGCAUAUGUGACUUUUGGCGCUGGCUUGUGUGUUGGGUUGGUCGAUUUAUUCUGUGGACUUUGUGUAGGAUCUGUCGGCUCUGGGGCAGCCAUAUCAGAUGCUGCUAAUUCCUCACUCUUUGUAAAAAUACUCAUUAUUGAGAUUUUUGCUAGUGCCAUUGGCUUAUUUGGUUUGAUUGUUGGUGUUUAUAUGACUUCCAGAAUAUAACAAGUAAAGAAGAACUCAAAGUUAAUUCCAUUUGACAAUAUCAGGCCAUAAUGUCAUACAGGUACAUUUUUGGUUCUCAGAUCUUAAGUAUUCUGGCAGAGGGAUGGACUGCUUUGUGUAGGAGAUAUUUAUAGUCAUUGUCUUAGAUUUAUAUUUCUAUUCUGAUCAGUCCUUAUACUAGGAAAUACACAUUCCUUCAUUUUAUAUCUAUGAUAUUUUGCUACAGUUGUUAAAAAAACAAAUAUAUACAUGAAAUAUUUGUGGUAUUCCAUGCUGUGGUAGUACUAAUUUCAUGAACAUACAAGAUGGAUAUUGAAAGAGUGGAAAAUGACUACAUUUCCAAGCAGUCUCCUUAGAAGUAAAACCCCACUCUAUAUUAAGACUUACAGAUUUAUGAGUACCUAAUGUUUUGAAGGUUAGGUAUGAAUUUUGUCAAAUUAGCAAGCCUUGUAAUUGUAAUUGUAAUUGUAAUUUAUUUCGAGUUCCAGAUGAUCCAAUAAAACUGGUUACAAACCAUAGGAUAUAGAACAUGUCAAAUAUUAAUUAAAAUAUGUCAAGAUAAGCAGAAGAACAUAAAAGUACAAUACAAUCUUAAGUAAAGUUCAGGUAUAAGUUGAGCUCAAGUAAAUAAUUAGAACAUGUCAAAAUUAUAAAGCAAUAAAAUAAAUGAUAUAGAAGACAAUAAGUUGUUGUUGUUAUUGGAGAGGGUGUGUUUCCCCAUGCACUUAGACCAGAUAUUGGUCCAUUGUGUGUUAGAAGACAAUAAGUAUUAUCGUAAAUACAAUAAAAUUAUUGUACAGAUAGACUCAUAUAAUUCAAUAUAGAGUAACUAACAUACUAUUCAUAUAAAACCAUUAGUUUACAACAUCAUUCAUUAACACUAUAAUACUCCUCCAAGUCAUAAAAACAAUGGGUAAUCAAGUAUCUUCUUAA